AUGUCCGCAUUCAGACUUAGUGGCUUCUUAGCUACUGCUCUCCUGGGCUCUCGCGCUGUGGCACAGACAUGUCUGUCAUAUGGUGUUGACUUCCAGACCAAUGGAAACUACUUCCAAAACAUCAGUUCGACAACCCCCUUCACCUUCGCCUCUCUCUUCGAAGGAUGUCAAAACGAUGUUGCCAAUAACAUCCUUGUUGACCCCAAUGGAGAUGAAUAUCAAUGCACAGAUACUCCCCUCCAACCUGACGAUGUAAUUGAAUUGUCAACAUGCCCCCUGGAUAAGGACCAGAUGUGGACUGGUGACUGGUCCGUCUUGAUCAUUUCGAACAACGGAGAUGGCGACCCUAUUGCCUACGAGCGUGAUUUCUAUCUCAGCGUUGGCAUUCCCUCAACCAUAACAUACACGCCCACAGUGACCGUCACCUCGACAUCCACACCUCUUGUGGUCAUCACCGCAACAUCAACCAUCGUCUCAAUCACAACGCUGCCGGCAAAGACCACUACAGUUGCUUCCGUGACCAAGUCUCCCACUGUGACCAUUACACCAGCUAUCUCCACAGUUGUGGUCACAAAGACGGCAACAUUGAGGAAGACAGCUUACACUGUCAAGCCCGUCCUCGUCACCACCACGAAAACUGCCCGCUGCUCGAUGCCUCCUUCGCAGCGCUGGCCCGAUCCAACUUGUACCAUUACUCCUACUUUGGUCACUGCUGCUGCUCUGUCAACCGACAGCUCGAGCUCGAGCGCAUCUAAGGGUGGCGCAGCUAGAAUUGCUGCCACUUCUGCGGCUGCCACCGAUGCUGCUGCUGAAUCUGAUGCUGCAGCUGCCACUCCUGCUGCUGCUACCUCUGCCGUUGCCCAGAAGGUUCGCCGUGGUCUGUUCGACCGCGCAGUGCCGCUUGACCGUGCAGCCAGAAUUGCCGAGCGCAAGGCUAGAAGAGAAGCAAACCAGAAGUUGCACAGACGUGCUCCUGACUCUGCUACCACCACCGUGACUCAGCUUGACACUGCUCUCUACUCUACCUCCACUGCCGUCACCACCACCGAUGCCACCACCAUCACAUCAACUACUGUUGCAACUUCAACCUCGACCUCGACACCUCCUGUCGUCACUGUUAAGAGCGGUAUGACCACUCUUCCCGUAGUGACCACCACCCUCAGACAACAGACCACCACCAAGACCGUCAUGACUGUUCAAUACACCACCGUCAAGACCGUCACCUCCUCGCCCACCGUCAGAAUCUCAGUCACCAGCACUAACUCACAGGCCGCUGUUGCCUGUACCGCCAAGGGUGGUAGAAUGACUUAG